CUAAAGAAAUCGAAGAGCUAGUUAGUAUUUGCUUUUGCGUAUAGUUUUUUCCAUAGAAAAGAUACAUCUGUUGCACUUGCCCAAGAAGAACAAGAGGAUGGCCCGAAUUUUCCUCGGUGGGAUCGGAUUUGUGGACGAAGAGUCCUUCCCCGGCCUCUCCAAGGAGUCGACGGAAGUGCACGAGAUGUUCGAGCAUGCCUGGGUCUUCCAGGACUUCUCCGAGAAGGCCCUUCCUGGCCGGAUAGAGGAGUACAUCGGGAAGGGGUGGGUGAAGGCUGACGAGCUGACGUACACCGUCGCGCAAGUGUCGGACUUCUCCCAGUACGACCUGUACAGCCCGCGGCGAGCGGAGAUCGUCUACACCACCCAGAUGGAGCUGGGCGCUGCCCGCGAUCGGGCCAUCCAGGGGCGCCGUCUCCAGUUGUUGCACAAGCAUUGCUCGCUCGAGCGGGAGUUGGCCGCGACCGAGGUCGCCUUGGUGGGCAGGGCGGAAACCGCGGACAGCCACAGCUUGGUGGAGGAACUGCGAACGCCGCUCCGCGAAAAGACCAACGAGGUGCUAGUCAACCUGCAUGACAUCACGGAAGACCACCCGCUGCGCAUCGAACUAGACUCGCCGCGGAAACGGCCAAACAAGACGUACCCCACGGAACGUAGGCAAGACGUCACAGAGGAGGACAGCAUCCUGUGGCAACACCUCCUGGAGGAGCGCGAAAAGCGCCAGUACUACUGCCUCUUGGAAGAUCCGAGUGAGCACUGCGACUUCGCCAUCGAGCAGCAGCUGCGCAUCAACGACAAACGCCGGCUGUAUCUGAUCCGCCAGGACUUGCUGAAGACGCGGGAGGUCCGAGAGCGGGAGGCCACGGGAGCGUACGAUAGGAUUUUCUGCAACUCGCCAGCAAAUCGACCCCGGGACGGGCCCGUCGUGCGCGUGGAUCACACAACCCGCUCCUUUGCACGCGAUGGUAAAGACAUGUUCGAGUUGGAGUACCAGAUGCGACUGCAAUUGGAAUGGGCGAUGGAGAUCGGUAUUUGAGAAUCAACAUCAGACGUGUUAUUUUAAUUUUGAGUUGCGACGAGGAAACACAAACACGAAUCUAUAGACGUUAUGGAAAACGCAUCACCUGCGUUCGUACGCUGGAAUACAUCUCUUGACUUUUCUAUUUCUUAUGAACCCAAAUAGAAAUACGCGUCAAAGAGCAAGAGUCUAGUACUCUCUGAAACGCUACGAACAGGGUUCCCGCCGUUGGCUUUUACUGGCCUUGAGAAACCAGCGAAGCAAGGAAAAUGCGCGACAACUGCAUCCUCUUCUUGCCCGGACAGUAGCGCGUACAAUCCGGCGUCUUGGGUUAUCACAUCGGGCCGGGGGCGUGCGCCGACCCCUGCCUCUACUGCCAGUACCGGCGCCGCAGGAACCGUGACUAGUGCCGCUAGUCGUAGGAAACAAGCCAGGACCUCCUCCCAUGGCGAAGCAGCUGCACCCAGCGCUACCAUCGGAACAGCUGCCGCUCCUGUGCCUACCACGGCUCAUCGUGGUGCCGCAGCUUCGUCAUCGUCGUCAUCUUCCUCUUCGUCCGCUUCAUCUAGCGCUGCCGGCGCACCACCUGCCACGGCAGCCCCUGCCCCCGGCCACGCCGAGAUAGACGCUGCUCGCUUUCCCAUCAGCGCAGCCUUUGCGAAAGAGCUGGAGAAAGAGCAUUUGUUUGAAGAUCGAGAACAAGAUCUGCAGCUGAGCACGAACAAUAAGCGGCCAGGUCGUGCUGGUGAUCAUGAUGUUGCUAGUAUUGCCCCUGCUGAUGUAGCAGUAGCUGAUUCGGGGAUAAAGAAUAGGAGUCUCCUCGGAUCCACAGCGACGCUGUGGUCGGACGCAGAUGAUGCUGCGGGGAAGGAUGACGCAACUGGUGCGGGUGCAAGUGGCAAGGAGCCGCCCAACGCCGUCGUUGCGGCGGAAGUGGAGGAAAAUGCAGCUACUAGUUUGGAGCCGGGCAAAAAGCGCACCAGAACCGCGGCAGGUGUGUUCUUGUGUCCUUUACGCGAAGCGCUGUUUUCAUCUUGUAAAAGCAUUGAGAAAAAGCAGAAUGUUGAGUGAGUUGCUUAUACCAGUCUGAUUUGGAUGGAAUUUUUGAUCAAGUCAGCUGCGCAGACAGAGAAAUUUCGAUGUGCAAUUAAUAUUUUGAGGUUGUGCAGAAGAGCCUGGUGUUCAUCGUGUUGAUCACGUGAACGGUGCGGGAAGCUCAUCAUCUUCCAGUUCCCGGAACCGAAACGAAGGCCACCUAGAAUCGAUGUCGAAAAGUCCGAUCGGGUUCCAAUUUCUGUGCACCUUCAGCGGGCAGGGCAGCGGUGAUGACAGUCGGGACGGACCGCUCGCUAUCGCGCGCCAGGCCGCCGGCGUUUUUCUUCCUGAAAAACAGGGUGAUCCGGCGAAGGAGGCCGCAAAGGAAGCGAUGAGGGCCUUCUUGCCACCAGCAUCUCCAUUAGCAGGGAGUCCCACGGAGGAGUAUCGCGGAAAACUGCCGCAGUUUCACUUCAAAAGCUUUUGGGGAGACGACGUCGAUGAGGCUACGAAAUGCGGCAAUUUUGAGCAGUUGGCGAAAGAGGGAAAGAUCAUACUACGGAGAGGUAUGAAAGUGAAAUAUGAUUCGUUCUUUCUUCACUUCGCUCGUUCUGUUACUGUUGUGAUUCUUCGGCAUUGAAAUAGAGCUGCAGCAUGGAACAAUCAUUUUCAUUGUGAUUUGAUAUUGCAAGCAAGCAAACAGGAUCAGGAAAUGACGAGAAACUGCAAAAAACAUUGCUAUGUAUACAGGCACCCGAAUCGCGAACCCAUUGACCAAUCGCGUGCCAUCAACGGCCUGCUCGCCUCCUGCAUCUGUCUUCCCUGUGCGUCCCGCUCUGCCAACCAUCACCGACCCGAGAAAUAAGCGACCAGCUACUGGCCUUCCUGCUCUAUUUGGCUCUGCGUCUUCAUCUUCUUCUACCAACGCAGCGCUGCGGCCGAACGUGCAAUGGAACGUCGGGACGAUGAUUGCGUGUGCAGAUGAGAAAAAGCAGCGCGGCCAUUCCGUCGGAGCAGCGGGGGCGGAUGGACAAGCAAAGGAGCCUGGGACAAAGCGCACCAGAAUCGAAGGUGCAUUUUUUGGCGCUUGUGGUUAUUCUUAUUUUUCGAGAAAGAUAAACAUAGGGAUCAGGGGAUCAAUUCAGCGCAACCGAGAUAAUCAAUUUACACACUGACUACUUGCAGCUCGUCCGGGAAAUAAAACGAGCGGCUCGGCCGGCUCGUCGUCUUCCAGUUCCCGUAUCCACCAUGACGGCACACGGCACGCCACCUCGACAAGACCACUUGGGUUCCAGUUCCAGUUCACUGUCGCAGCGCAGGACAAGGGCGUUUUUAAAAGCAGGAGCAGCGGCACGCUUGCUGCUGCGCGCCAGGCCGCCACCAUCUUCGCUUCUAGAAAAAAUGAUGAUCCGAUACGCGCGGCGGCAAAAGAAGCGACGAAGGCCUUCUUGCGAACAGCACCUGCCGGAACUUCCACGGAAGAGGAAGGUGGUCGUGAGGCGGAUGUCUAA